AUGACAAGGUGGAUUCCAUUCGAAGAGUUAAAUGAGUUUAAAGAAAUUGGUAAAGGAAGUUCUGGUAUUAUUUAUUCAGCAUUUUUGAAUAAUCACGGAAUAGUUGCACUUAAAAAAUUGCCUAAAGAUUCCAAAAAGGAAUUUGACAUUUUUAAAUCUUUGAAU